AUGUUAAAGUUUAUCGGCAUCCGUGGGGGCUGUGUGGUCCGCUGCAAGGACUACGCAUAUGCCACAUGGUCAAAGGCUAAAGCCAUGAAGGAAAAAAAGAAAAAAGCGGAGGAAGGUUCCGGUGGAGCUGCAGAACUGAACCCAUGGCCGGAGUACAUACAGAAACGUAUCACUCUAUGGGAUAAGUUUAAAAUUCAGUACGAAGAGGAACUGGCUAACAAACCUGAUGUCAGCAUUGUUGUGACGUUACCUGAUGGUAAAACUGUUGAAGCUAAAGCCUGGAAAACUUCUCCAUAUGACGUUGCUAAAGGAAUUAGCCAGGGUCUCGCCGACUCCACCAUCAUCGCACGAGUGAACAAUGAGCUAUGGGACCUGGACAGACCUUUGGAAGGUGACUGCAAGCUGGAACUCCUGAGAUGGGACAACACAGAUGCUCAAGCAGUGUUCUGGCAUUCGUCGGCUCAUAUGUUGGGAGAAGCUAUGGAGAGGGUAUACGGAGGCUGCCUCUGCUACGGACCUCCCAUCGAAGAGGGCUUCUACUACGACAUGUACUAUCCUGAGAAGGGGAUAUCAUCAACGGACUUCCACGUUCUAGAAGGAUUAGUGAAGAAAAUAGCAAAGGAAAAACAACCGUUUGAACGUUUAGAACUGACGAAGGAACAAUUAUUAGAAAUGUUUGACUACAAUCCGUUUAAAGUACGCAUUUUGAACGAGAAAGUGAACACGCCUAAGACCACGGUGUAUCGAUGUGGACCCCUUAUUGAUCUUUGUAGGGGACCCCAUGUCAGACAUACGGGGAAGGUCAAGGCGCUGAAGGUCACUAAGAACUCUGCUACAUACUGGGAGGGUAAGGCAGACGCGGAGAGUCUGCAGCGAGUAUAUGGAGUGUCAUUCCCGGAGCCCAAGCAGCUCAAGGAGUGGGAGCAUAUACAGGAGGAAGCUGCUAAGAGGGACCAUAGGAAGAUUGGCAAGGAACAAGAGUUAUUCUUCUUCCACGAGCUGUCGCCUGGAUCUUGUUUCUUCCAGCCGCGUGGUGCUCACAUCUACAAUACCCUCGUCAACUUUAUUAGAGAACAAUAUAGAUCCCGUGGUUUCCAAGAAGUUGUAACCCCGAACAUGUACAACUCGAAGCUGUGGCAGACGUCGGGCCAUUGGGCUCACUAUGCGGAGAACAUGUUCUCAUUCGACGUCGAGAAGGAAACCUUCGCUCUGAAGCCUAUGAACUGUCCUGGACAUUGUUUAAUGUUCGACAACCGGAUCCGUUCGUGGCGCGAGCUGCCCCUGCGGUUGGCAGACUUCGGCGUGCUGCACCGCAACGAGCUGUCGGGCGCGCUCACCGGACUCACGCGCGUGCGCCGCUUCCAGCAGGACGACGCGCAUAUUUUCUGCGCGCCCGCGCAUAUUGAACAGGAGAUGCUAUCGUGUCUGGACUUCCUUGACUGCGUGUACUCGACGUUCGGGUUCACGUUCCAGCUGAAGCUGUCCACCAGACCAGAGAAGUACCUCGGAGACCUUGCCACUUGGGAUCAGGCUGAAAAGGCGUUAGAAGAUUCCCUCAACAAGUUCGGUCGUCCAUGGCAGUUGAACCCAGGCGACGGCGCGUUCUACGGACCCAAGAUCGACAUCACUAUACAGGACGCACUGCGCCGGUCGCACCAGUGCGCUACUAUACAACUCGACUUCCAACUGCCGGAGAGAUUCAACCUUACCUAUGUUAGUGAGAGUGGCGACAAGAAACGUCCAGUGAUCAUCCACAGAGCUAUCUUAGGUUCAGUGGAGCGAAUGAUCGCCAUCCUCAGCGAGUCAUACGCUGGGAAGUGGCCAUUCUGGCUCAGUCCACGACAAGUCUGUGUUGUGCCCGUCGGUCCCAGCUUCGAUGAUUAUGCUGUGCAGGUGAACAAGGAACUGUUCGCAGCUGGUUUCAUGUCAGAAGUGGACACGGACGCCGGCGACACGCUCAACAAGAAAGUCCGCAACGCACAACUAGCGCAGUUCAACUACAUAUUGGUUGUGGGCGACAGAGAGAAACAAUCAGGCACUGUCAACGUGCGCACGCGAGAUAACAAGGUACACGGUGAGAUGUCCAUCCAGGGACUCAUCGACCACCUAAACAAACUCGUCAAGGAGAAGACUCUAGCUGAAGACAGCGAUCUACUUAAAUAG